AUGCAUCCGAACGAAGAGAACCAAUCUUCGGCUGUUGACAAGAAACAUGAUUACGGCGAAAAUGAUGCUUCUCGAAAGUCAUCUCGACAUGAAGAGCCCUCUUCCCAGUUCAAUGCGCAAGACGAUGCAGAGCAAGAGGACUCAACCUCGACUCGGACGCGAACAGACAAAGACCAGGAUCGAACCGCUGCCAGCGAAGCGACGUACGGACAUGGAGAAUUCAAGUCAGGCUAUCUAUCUAUGGGUGGAGGAAAGCCCCAUCCUCCGAAGCUGCUUGGAGAAAAUGAAGCAUAUUUGGUCGACUUUGAUGGCCCAGAUGACCCUAGUCAUCCGCAUAAUUGGCCAAUGAGGACCAGGAUAAUUAUACAUGCUGUGAUGAGCUAUACGACUUUCGCGGUCACUUUCGCCAGCGCCAUAUAUUCACCUGCUGUCCCAAAAAUCGCAGAACAUUUCAGCGUUUCUUCUGAAGUCGCAACAUUAGGCGUCUCAUUAUACGUUCUUGGAUUCGUUUUCGGGCCGAUUGUAUGGGGACCUUUGAGCGAGUAUAUUGGUCGCCGAAUACCCCUCGUCACCGCUUGCUUUGGAUGCAUGGUCUUCCAGUUUGCAGUAGCAGUGUCCAAAGACCUUCAAAGCGUCAUGAUCAAUCGCUUCUUUGCAGGGUUCUUCGGAGUGAGCUUUUUGACCAUUUGUGGCGCUGUCUGUGCGGAUCUUUUCGACAGUAAGAUCCGCGGGCUUGCGAUCACAGUUUACACCCUCUGCGUUUUCAUCGGCCCCCUAGUUGCUCCAUUUGUUGGCGGCUUCAUCGUAGCGAGCCAUCUGGGUUGGCGCUGGACGCAAUAUAUCGCGGGCAUCAUGUGCGCUUUGGCGCUCGUCUUGAACGUAUUCUUGCUCCGCGAGUCGUAUGUCCCGAUUAUCUUGACGAAUAAAGCAAAGAGACUGCGACAGCAAACAAAGAAUUGGGCUAUCCAUUCGAAGUUGGAAGAGACAGAAGUCAAUUUGAAGGAUGUCCUCAACCGCUACUUUCUACGGCCUCUUCAUAUGCUCUUAGUUGAGCCAAUCGUACUGCUUAUGAGUCUUUACGCGUCAUUCAUUUACGGGCUUCUCUACCUUUUCCUGACGGCCUUUUCCUUCAUCUUCCAGGGCGUUUAUGAAAUGAAGCCUGGAGUAAGUGGGCUCCCUGAGUUGAGCGCCGUGGUAGGCUGCGCGGUCACUCUUGUCGUGAUGAUACUUCGGGCGCCAAGAUACCGUCGCAAGCUAGAGGCAAAUAACGGCGUUGCGAUACCAGAAUGGCGAUUGCCAGAAGCCAUGGUUGGCGGAGUCUUUUUCGCAGGUGGAUUAUUCUGGCUUGGUUGGUCCGGCUAUCGUGAAGAAGUUCACUGGAUGGUGCCAGUCAUUGGAGGUGCGGUCACUGGAUUUGGCAUUUCUCUCGUCUUUCUUCAACAGUUCAAUUAUUUGAUUGAUGCUUAUACUCAGCUCGCAGCAUCAGCGCUCGCGGCAAAUGUUUUUCUACGCUCAAUAUUCGGCGCCGUGUUUCCUCUCUUUGCAUCCUACAUGUUCAAAGGCAUUGGCAUCCAGUGGUCUCUUACGCUAUUGGGAUGCGUCACUUCAUUGCUUGCGCUUGUGCCAUUUGUAUUGCACUUCAAGGGCGCUCAAAUUCGCAGCAUCAGCAAGUAUAUUCCAAAAGAAAACCUACAGGUAACUCUUCCAAAACCUGCUACUGCGAGGAAUGCACGAAGUGCAUAA